UUGUCUCUCCUGAAGCUUGGGGCUACUGCUUGUGGGGCUGCUGCUCACCAGGCAAGCACUGAAAAAGCUGCUGCUUGUCCAGCCCGGGGCUGGUGUCUGAUGGGCAGGGUUUGCUGUGCUGCACAGUUUGUCCUUGCACGCUCCCAGGGCAGGAAAGGCUCAGUUCAGGCUGCUGUGGGACACAGCUCGGAGCACCUGCUGGGGAGGCUGCAGGGCUGGGCUCCCUGCGGAAAUCAGGGCUGUGAGCAGUGUCCCAGCCAUGCCUGGCAGGGGCUGCUUGGACUGGGCUGCUUGGUCACGCACAGGCAGGAUGGACAAAAGGCAAACACCCCGCAGACUUUGUCAUGGAAAAGUGAUAGGCACAUUCCCGGCUUGAAUAAAUAAAAUGUUUAGAUCUCUUUCAGAUGCUGCCUAGGACUCACAAAACAGUCCUGAUCAAACAUUCAGGCCCAGAACCUCGAGGGUGCUUCAGCAUCUGUGCUGCUGACAUUCCCUGGCAUACUCUUAACCCUUUUUAGGUCUCUCAAGUGUGAGUAGAGCCACUCAAACACAGGUGCUGCUGCCUGGCACAGCCCCAGAGCUGCAGGUGAGGGUCUCAGGCAAGGUGUGUCCAGAUCUGGGCUUUGCUAGCACAAGCCAACCUCCCUGUACUGUGUCAGUGCCCUGGCUGCUCAUCCUGUUCCCAGGGGAUGCUGCUGCCCAUUGAGUUGUGUGUUCUCUUCUUGUCCCCACCCUGAGCUCAGGCCUGGUGCUGUAGCCCUUCAGCUGGAGACUCUCAAGCACCCACAGCCAGCUUGAGGCACUGGUAGGGUCCCCCAGACUCGAUGGGAUGCUCUGUCAAGGCACCCACUGAGCAUCUUCCCCAAAUAAUGGUCUGAGAGCAUCCCAGCUUGGUGCUUUCAUUCAUUGCUUCCACAGCCCACUCUUUAUUUUGCAAAUUUUGAACUGCACUGAUUGCAGCACAAGCAGCAGAGUUUCCCUAUCCAAGGGAAGCAUUUCUGUGACACUGCUGAGUCCAUUGCUCUGGUGAGAGAGAGACUGUAGAGGCUGUCACCAAGGGCACCUCAGUGAAUGCUCAGAGUGCCAAGGACAGAGAGAGGAUGUUUUGGAUGUCCCAGAGGUGCUGCCCUAUGUGGCCCAGCAGCUCCUUCCCUCUCCCACACCCUCAUGUACCAAAUGUGUCUCCCCUGUACAGCCCAGUAAGGCUCAGGGAAGUGUGAAAGUGCUGCUAACAUCAAAGGGAAAUAAAAAUCAUAGUGAGAAAUUCUGGGUGGAGCACAGGUUUUCAAGGGCUGUUGUAUCUUGCAGAGCCCUGGUGUGAUUUAUUUUUAGUGCUGAAUAUCUGGCCCUCCAUCUCAUUUCCCACACGUGUUGUUUGCCCCCUCAUUUAUUUGUUUCCCACCAUACAAGGAGGGCAGACACUCUCUACUCUCUGUUAUAACUCAAAUUGGGCACGGUAGCUCCAACAGCUUGUUGAAACACACUCGUGGCUAGAGCCCAGCUGUUGUGGCACAGCUUCUCUGACAGGAGCACAGAGGGUUUUCCCCACCUGCCUGCAGGCUCCUGUGAGCCCAACACAGCCUGCAUCCCUGGAUGCAACCCAGAAAUGGCUAAGGGAUGAGCAGGCUGUGGUGCUGCUGCUGUCAAGCUUGCAGGAGGGGAGCUUUCCCUUCCAGCUGCCAGUUGCUAGGUUUGGGGCUCAGCACUGAUCCCAUCCAGGAGUGUCCAUCUUUGGCUUUCCCUGCUGCAGAGGAGCUGCAUCCUCUGCCACCAUCAAUUCGAUGUCUCAGGAAAAGGUGCUGAGCUCCUUGUCCCUCAGGUAACGAGGCCUUCUGCAGGUGGCAGGAAGCAGAGGCUUUUGCAUGAGCAGAAGUGCUGUACUUCUGUGGUCCAUAAAUACACCCCAGUGUGGGGGAUCUGCUCUCUUUGCCGUGUCAUGGCUGUGGGGGCUUUUUUUGGCAACACCCAGGGUUGGCAUGGAGGAGGAGGUGUCAGCAGCCCAUAAAAGCACAAGCAGGGAAGGAGUGGGAAGCAGAAUGUGUGGGUGUAAAUGUGAGCUUAUCUCCUGCAGUGGCUGUUCCCCUGCCACCCCCAAGCUCUGCUAGCUUUAAUCAUCUUAGAGCUGUGCAAAAACUCUGCAUAGGUCAGGUGCAGGAUGUUUGAGCAGCUGCAUUGCUGAGCUGGAGGAUCUAAACCCCUUGCACUUGGGCUUUGUGGAGGUGGCAGACAGCUCCCAGUGGCCACAGCUCCUGACCCCAGGGCAGCUCCUGACCCCAGUGACUGCUCCAUCCCCCUCUGGUGUGUCCUGGAGCAAUGAUGUGUUUCACAUCUGGGCUUGAUAUAUUCAGAGAAUGCACGGCCACUGCAUAUUCAGUAAGGCAUGAUAAGUUCAUUUAACAAAUCUUCCAGAUCAUCUGUGAGUGUACACUGCUCUAACCUCCUGUUUAAUGUGCUGGUGAUUGUGGUAUUGAAGUUUAUUCCUGAUCUGCUGCUUUCUCCUUUCCUGCCUGCUUUGACAGAAAACAGAAUUCUAUUUUAGAUCUAUACCAGGUAAUUAUGUUUGCUUGGCAUGUUGCAGUGCUCCUUGUUACAUUGCAUUCAGAAGUGUUAGGCAGGCAGGGGAAAGUGCCAUGACAGGUGGAGUAAAAUCACAUUGCAGCCCAGCUGUAGCCCCCCAGGUCCCUUCCUCCGAGAGUCCCAGGGCUUGUGGUUCAUUCUCCCAAGUAUUUGACCUGGCUACAGAGCAGGAUCCUGACAUAAAUGCCUGAGUUAAGCAGAGACAGGUAAAGUGAUGAAUCUCGCCCAAAUAUUGACUCUAUACAGGUGGGAGAAGGUGGCACAGAUCCUCUCCUGGAGGUGGGAGAGAUGAAUUACCAGGAGGUAAAUAAAGUGUCUGCUGAGUCCUGGGAGGGCUCUUGGCUUGGAUAACUUAUGGCCUGUUGUGCCUUUACUGCAGAAAGGCUGUUUCAAAAGGUGUUUGCAGAGCUGUGUGCAAGUUCAUUGUGCACAUUUUAUGUGGCUGGAGGAGCUUUAUCAGGAUGAAUGGAUCCAUGAGCACAAAGGGGAAAUUAAGCAGGACUCCCUGCCACGUCCUUGCCUUUCUGUGUGCACUGUGCAGGCUUCCCAUGAGAUCACAAGGAACUGCAGGAGCCCUGCCUUGGGCAGCAGCCUGUGGGAAACAUGGCACAGGGACUUCAGCAGGACAUGAGCAGCUCCCUGUCCCUGUCCUGGCUGUGGGAGUGGGAGCUCCAGACAAAAUUUACUAGAGAAACCCUGUCACCGAGUCACAAGGUGCAGAGAGGACCCCCUUGCUUUUUAAACUUCUCAGAGAGGAGCCUGAAGGUGUCUGGAUGCAAUCUUAGCCUCAGACUGUCAACAAUCCAAAUAACUUUGACCUUCAGGAUUUAAAGAUGGCAAAUCAGAUAUGUUUAUAUAAAACAAAUUAUUUAUUAUGACAAAUGAUUAGACAAAAGAUCCUAACCAGAAUUACUAACUACACAGAAUAAAAGCUGAAACUACUGAUAGUUAUGUAGUAUAACAUAGUGCACUAAAUUAAUGCAAUUGUAUUAAAAGUAGCAAAAAGAAACAUUGAUGUAAUUCACCACGCCAACACUGAGAGUGGACAGGUCUCUUUCUCUUAACAUUGAGGAGUAACCUUGAGGGGUGUCCCCACUCAAGGGAGAAUCUCCACACACUGUUCAAAAGCGGUAUCUCAGAAGAACCUCUUGUAUGGAAAGUGGACUGGAUUUUGAGAAUGUAAAGGAGCUGUCAGUCAUAUCUUGCAGGCCAGUUUAGCAGCUUAUCUGCCAAAGAUUUGCCUUGCUGUCGGGAUGCUGAUUUGGGCUUGGUGUGCCUGACAGAGUUUCAGCUGAAUUCAACACCAAAACAGCACCUAGGACCCCUCUCAAUCCACCCUGACAGAUUUGCAAAUAGGACAUUGUCCACUGAGUUCUUGACCACAUUCCAGGUCAAAGCAUGCGGGGCCAUGGGGGGAAAGCAUCCUGCCACAAUUCCACAGGAUAGAAAUGACCCCACAGAUGGGCUGGAGCAGAGCAGAGCUGCUCCCCAGCUGCUGGGAAAUGCAGCAGGAGCCCACACUCUCCCAGGGCUCCCUGGCUGUGCGUGCCCACAUCACUGCCACCCUCAGGUGGCACCAUCAGCAGGGAGGGCAGGCUGAAGGUCCAGGUGCUGCCAGCCUUGGGUAUCCCCAUCUGCUGUGUGACAUGGGAGCAGCAGCUGCUCCUGGGGUGCACUCUGGACACUAGUGAUGCCCUGAUGCACAGAAGGGCUGCUGGAAGGCAGGAGGGAGGGCAGGGCUCCCCUCACCCUGCAGAGGAAGAUGAUGCAGCCCUGUUCAGGCUUCAACAGCAGUGGUUUUUCCCGAACAGAGAAUCCUGAGCACAGCUGGCCGCUUUUAGUCAAGGCCAAGAGUCACAGAGGGGAUGUGGGAAACAUGGAUCCAAGUCCCUCUUCAGUUUUAAUUAAUACAGAUCUGAGCCCAGCUUCCCUUCCCUUCUCCAAGACUGCUCUGGGUAUUGUGGAGAGUUACCAGCAGCCCAAAUGAUGUUGUUUUUCAGCACUGCAUCCAUACACGUCCUGCAGUGGGAAGCAGGAACUUGUUUCCCUGGCAAACACCCAGCCCCUCACUGCUCCUUUCUUGCUGGAAAUGUUACUGUUUGAUUGGCAUGAGAGAGACAUGAAACCACAUCUGCAGGAUGGGCUGGGAGAGGCCUUGUGAGCUGUAAAAUCCAGUGGCGUGGACAGACUUGGAGAGGAUCUCUGUCCUGCUCUUACCAAGCAGCGGAAGAAUUUGACCUUGAUGGAGGCCAUGCCCCGGGCUCCUUGUCCUCUUUGUGUGGGGUCUGUGUGAUGUCUUACAGGGCUGCUGGCAGAGGUUUGGGCUGACAGAUGAGUGCACUGGCCCGUAGAUUGCUGUGCACUGCAUCUGCUUCAGGCUGCCUACCCUAGAGUGUGCUGUUCCCUUUCAGAAAUGCUCCUGCUGCAGCUGCAGCUCCUGAGCCACUCCUGCAGCACGGCUUGGCCUUCAGGCACCACCUGGGCUGGGACUGAGGUCUGGUGUCCAGCUUGACCCUCUCUUCUUCUUGCUGUUUUAGUGGCUUUAAUUCGUCACUUUCCACAUGGGGCUGGGAGCAGGAGAAGGCAGGCUGGCAAGGACAUGGCACAGCACCCUGAGGGGGCUGAGCCUGCUGUGAGGGAGAACUGGAGCUUAAUGCCUGGGCAAAGUUUGGUGGCCUCAGUCUACACAAAAAUGAAACCCCUGCCUGCAGAUGGAAAUCUGUCCUCUCUUCUGAGCAAGGGUGAGCUCUUCAGCUACUUGCUCUUGGAGUCCUGGUUUGCUCCUCAGCUGCUUCUGCAUCUCCUGUGGGCAGCCACACCACGCGUGCACCAAGUGCUAUUUCUGGUGGCGGUGCAGGCUGUGCUGCAGCUGCAAACCCCAGCACAGCCACACUGCUCCAUCCUGUCUGCUCACAGCUCUGUGAUCCUACCACAGGGCACAUCCUCCCUGCCCCAAACUCACCCCAGCCGGGGCUGUGUGUGACCAUCCUGUGUGCAAGCUGCUCCCGCAGGCAGUGCUGACAACAGGAGCUCUGCAGGGAAAUGCUGAGGCUGUUCCUCCAAAGGUCACCCUGGUGAUUACGAGCACAGGAAAGGCUCAGAUGUGUGACAAAGCUGUGGCUGUGAGAUGAGGGGAAGCGUGCACUGUGACUGCUGUUACAGGAGCUCAGGAAACCAAAGCCUGUGGAAGGAGGAGGGGCUCGGGCGCUCUGUGGCACGAGGACCUCACCCCCAGCACUGGUCCCAUGGAUGCAAGCAGCUGGUAGGGAUAAAAACCAGGGCAGUGAAGAUGUUCAGCCACCAGAGUCAGGCAGCAGCUCUGCUCCUUCACUGCCCUGGGAAGGCAGCACUUGGCUGGAAGCGUUGGGAUGUGCAAUGCUUGUGUUCCAGCUGAUCCAGCACUGGUGUCGUCAAAGCUGCAUGGCUGUCUUGCCAUCCUGUCAGAGAACGUGAGCCCUGCUGAGGGCCAUGGUGGUGCCCACAGAGACUGACUCGUAUGGCUAAGGGCAGCCUCAUGAGCAGGAGGGAGGACACAGCCACUGCCUGGCCAGGUAAGCAACGCAUCCGGGUGAUUUCUGUUGGGAAUUUUGGUUCCCACUAUUUGAUGCUAAGCUGGUUACACUCCUCUGUACCAGCACCUAUUUCCUGGGGAUAGAGCCAGUCCCUUACUGUUGAUGAUCCUUUCCCACCUCAGAUGAAAGGAAUCUGCCUUUGGCAUGGCUUGUGGGAAGGACGCAGAUGAGCUCCUGAAAAGCAGUGGCACAAAGCUGCAGGAUUCCCCGAGAAGGUCAGUGGUGGAAGAAAGAUACUCACCAGGAAGGUGCUGGGGACUUCUUCAGUUUGAAAGUGUGUGAGAGAAGAGUGUUUUCCUUCAUCUUCCUUUCUAAACAUAGAUCUUUUUGUGGAAAAAUGAUGCAGGGAAAUGACAGAGGAUGAGACCCGUCUCUAUUCUUCCUGUGUGCUUUUAGAUCCCUUAAGUUUACUUGCCAGACCUGAAAUGCCACUGGAGAAUAAUCAAGGUAAUGUUUGCCAUCGUUCUAAAUGUGAUCCUUUGGGUCCCACAGGCGCAUGGGGUGUGGGCCUGCGUGCGCUCCUGCCCUCCCAGCUGCGUGUGCACCCCGGAGAGGAGCUGCUCCGUGCUCUGCGACCGCGCCGGGCUGGGGCAGAUCCCCAGCGAGUUCCCCUGCGAAGCCUCCUCCAUCAACCUGGAUAAAAACAGCAUCAAGUUCCUGUCUGAGAGGGCCUUCGGGACGCUGCCUUCCCUCAAAUCCCUGUCACUCAACCACAACAACAUCUCCUUCAUCACGCCGGGCGCGUUCAAGGGGCUGCCCAGCCUGACGGAGCUGAAGAUGGCCCACAACGAGUACAUUCGCUAUCUGCACACUCGGACCUUCACCGCGCUCCGGCGCCUCGUGAGGCUGGACCUGGCCGACUGCAACCUCUUCAACAUCCCAGACAGGAUCUUCAUCGAGCUGCCUUCUCUGCAGGAGCUGUUCUGCUUCCAGAACAACUUCCGAAGGAUCCCGGGCGCCAUCAGGGGCAUGGAGAACUUGACCCAUGUGUACCUGGAGAGAAACAGGAUCGAAGCGGUGGCCUAUAACUCCCUGCAGGGCCUGACCAAGCUGAAAUACCUGAAUCUGCAGGACAACAAGAUAAAUGUCAUCCACGAGCGAGCUUUUCAGGGCUGUCAGAGGAUGGAGUACCUGUACCUGAAUGACAACUUGAUCAGUGAGCUUCCAGAAAACUCUUUUGAUGGCCUGAGGCGCCUGAAGAUGCUCAACCUGGGGGGGAAUUUUCUCAGGAACAUUUCCAACACCUGGUUCCGGGACUUGGGGGAGCUGGAGUUCCUCUACCUGGACCGCAACAGGAUCAGCUACAUCGAGGAAGGGGCUUUUGAGAACCUCACCAGCCUGGUGGCCCUGCACUUGAACAGCAACAACCUGACGACACUGCCCUUCUCCGUGUUCGAGCCCGUGUACUUCCUGGGGCGGCUGUACCUCUUCCGCAACCCCUGGGAGUGCGACUGCCGCAUCGAGUGGCUCAAGGAGUGGAUGGAGAACUACAGGCUGGUCAGGGAUAUUCCGUGUGCCUCCCCCUCCUCCGUGGCUGGGGUUGAUCUGACGGACGUGCUCUUCGAGAGGUCUCCCGAAGGUUACUGUCUCGAUCCGGAGGAGCUGAACAUCACGUCCGAGCGGCCGACCCCAAGCGAGGAGCCUUGGUCCACCACGGAGAGCAAGUUCAACAGCCUUAUCUCCAAACUCUUGCUCCAAAUGGGCCUUCCCGAAGAGGUGGCAAAUGCCACUGAAGUGUACAGUAACAGCACGCAGCCGGACGGACAGACUGAAGGGGUUUCUUCUGGCGUGGGGGAGGACAGAGCUGAGGCUGACUCCUCUUCCUUGUACCCCCCAGCACUUUUGACAGCGAUUGUUCUGCUGUGCAAAUAGUCCAAGGGCUGGAUGGAGCAGGAGUUCUGCUCAAGUGUUUAGACCCUGCACCUACUUAGUCAUCAGAGAAAAGUUUUAUUUUGGGCUUCUGAUAUGUAAAGGGCUCCAAACUCUUCCAGGCUGGGUUUGUUGGAUCUGGCUCCAGAUUCCCCUGGGAGCUGGUGAGAUCCGGGUCCCACUCUGGGUGACAAACCUGCCCUGUGGGUGUCCCAGAGCUUCCUGGCUACCCACAGGGAGAUGAGCAGCACUAUGAUUGUGCCUGGAGAUGUGUGAUGUUCUGCUGGGAAAGGAGGGAAGAGGGCUCUGUCUGUGGGGUGUUUGUCCCUCAGGCCAGCUUGAGAGAGCAAGAUGUUCCAUGGUGACUCAGCUUCAUGAGAGAGCAAGAUGAGGCUGCAAAACUGGGCCCCUCUUCACGUCCUGACAGACACCCACACCCACGGCAGAUGCUGCUGAACAACAGGAAAUUAUUCCUGAUUUCCGCCAGUGGGUGCAGGAGGGAGCAGGGCAGUCCUGGACAACGUCCAGGGAUGCCGCAGGAAAUGUACAGGCCUCAUGGAAACAUCCAGGGAACACGUACAGGCCUCAUGGAGACAUCCAGGGAACACGUACAGGCCUCAUGGAGACAUCCAGGGAACAUGUACAGGCCUCAUGGAAACUUCCAGGGAACAUGUACAGGCCUCAUGGAGACAUCCAGGGAACACGUACAGGCCUCAUGGAACCAUCCAGGGAACACGUACAGGCCUCAUGGAGACAUCCAGGGAACACGUACAGGCCUCAUGGAGACAUCCAGGGAACAUGUACAGGCCUCUUGGAAACGAGGAAAGUGCCUGGGGGGACACCUGCCCAUUCCACAUCUGGAAUGGGCACAGUAUUUUGGCUGUGACCACAGGCAGGAUUUUGAUCCUUUCUCCCCCCCUGUUAUUCUGAUACUGGUGCAGGAGAGCCAGAUGGAGCCGUGUUUUUCCCAACAUUCUUCUCUGAGGCAAAGCUACUUAACCUACUUAUUCCCAUAAUUUCAAUGUGUUUAAUUUUUCAGUGAAUAUAUUGCUUCAAGGAAUACUUAUUUUUAAAUUUGUAGAUUGUUUCAUGGCAUGGCAGCAGGGGCAGAGCAUGGUGAUGAUGAAUGCAACAAGGCCCUAUGAAAUAUUUUGUAUUUCCACCAUAAUAUGUAUCUUGUAGUGUUUCAUAUUAUGCCAUAUUGAUAAUUUUCUUUUAUAUAACAUCUUAAGUGUUUUAUCUUUGAACUUCUCAACACCAGCUGCUAAUAUGACCAGAAAAAAUGAUGUUUUAUGUAUCAAAGCAUAUUAAUAAAAUAAUUUGAUAUUUUACUCACAAAAAUAAAUGAACUGCUCAAACCUAGGUUUUGGGGUUUUUUUGAGAUCCUUGAACAACUCUGGUUAGAUUUUUUUGUAGGCUACUCAAAUGGGUGCACAUGAGUGUCCUUUCAUGGCCUAGAGCAAAUGGCAAGCUAUUUAUUGCAACAUAAGUACUUUCACUUAGAGCCUGACUGUGCUUAUGUUUGUGUUAAGCAGCAGCACUUGAAAAUAUAAGUGACUAUAUAGAGAUACAUUUCUGUCCAAAAAGAUCUACUGCUUUCUAAUUAGUGCCAGAGAUUUCCAGAGGAAAGCUGAGUCCAGGGAAAACCAAGCUUGCAAUGGCUUCUCAGUUAUCUGUAGCUCGACCACAGUUUCCCCAGGGAAUCAAAAUGCCAGAUGGUUUGAUAAAUGCCUAUUUG